AUGAAUUUGACCUUUUGUGAACAAACCUCUGCUCCAGUGGUGUCAGGUGAUGAGGAUGUGGCCGUGAACUACAAGACCAAGAGGACAUGUGCACUGGAGGGGUCGUCUGUGAACAUCACCUGCAGCUACAGCUUCCCAGAAGGUCAUAAGGUCACCGCCACCCACUGGUUCCAAGGUCAAUCACCGAACAAUGUGACUCACGACAUCCUCCAAGGCAGAGAGUUCAGGGGUCGUGUUGAGUACUUAGGGGACAGGACCCACAGCUGUUCUGUGAGAAUUACUGAUCUCCUUGUGAGCGACACAGGAAUCUACUGGUUCGUCUUCGAGACGGAUCGUUCUGGAACACCAUGGAGUAGCUCAUCUGGAUUUACUCUUCAAGUCACGGACAUGUCUGUGGAGGUGAGCCCGUUGACCGUGAUGGAGGGGGAGGAGGUCGACAUGUUCUGCGGCUCCUGCGUCUUGAGCGAAGCGCCCACCUACACCUGGCUGAGAGACGGGCAGGUCUUGGCCAGCCUGGAGCGGACCAAUCAGCUGCUGCUGGAGCCGGCUCGUGUGGACGACAUGGGUACUUACUCCUGCAGGAUCCAAGGUCACGAGGCCACACCCUCUCAUUCUGUCAGGCUGACAGUGACGUGUGCAAAAAUAGAUCCUCCAAAGAAUACAACAGCCAUUGUCUUGGGGAGAUCACUACAGUAUGCUACUCUGACCUGCAGCAGUGAUGCCAACCCACCAGUGGAGAACUACACCUGGUUUAAGGUGAAUGAGUCCACUCCAGUAGGAUCAGGACAGCAGUACAGCAUCACUAACAUCGGAUCUGAGGAUGGAGGACAGUACUACUGUGAGGCCAGGAAUAAAGCUGGUGCUCAGAAUUCAUCUCCAAUCUUAAUUGCUCUGCAAGGGAAGGCAGGUGUUUCAGAAGCAGUGGUCAUGGGCAUUACGGCGGCCAUUGUGUGUGUUGCUCUUGCUGGGGUUGCUGUGUUCUGUGGAAUGAAAAGGAGGCAUAGGAAGCCAGAGAGUGGCGGCAGUGCAGCUGUUGCCAAGGAAGCACGUCCCAUCCCAGGAGAUAGUACUUACAUAGCACUGGCCUUCAAAUCCCAUAACUCUGAGUACGAGACACUUGCGAAUGCCAGGAGCGAGACGAAUGACUACACCGACGAGCCGGUCGGUGGAAUCUACGAGACCUUGGAUGAGAAGACAAACAGUGGCUGAUGUGGCCGGAAGUGUCCUUGUGUGUGGUGGGGGGAGGGGGGUGCAUGUAGGUAUGUGGAAAACAAAAUGAAGAGAUGAAGAAAAAGUAAAGUUUUUUGCCGUUGUUUUGCGUUUACUAAAUUUCAUAUGUAUACAUUUGUAAUGAUCUGUUUGUCUUCAUCUCUCUCUGCUUGUCAGCUUACUGUUAUAGUUGUAUUCAGAUUCAUUCACCAGUAGUUGCUUGGUUCCAGAUAUCAUGCUUAAAGCUUAAAGAGUGUCUUGUAAAAGCUUACAGCUUGGAUUGAGUGAUAUUUCCCUGAGUGUCAUGUUAAAGUUUAAAGCUUGGAUUGAGUGAUACCUCCCUGAGUGUCAUGUUAAAGUUUAAAGCUUGGAUUGAGUGAUAUUUCCCUGAGUGUCAUGUUAAAGUUUAAAGCUUGGAUUGAGUGAUAUUUCCCUGAGUGUCAUGUUAAAGUUUAAAGCUUGGAUUGAGUGAUAUUU